CGCACAUAGAAACAAACAUUCCACAUAGUGUGUUGUAAAAUACUUGUAGCCGCAACACGUUGCGUCCAUGCCUUCGCACCAUGUCCACGGCGUCUAAUUUCCUCUUGCCUCAUUCCCGCAGAUGACAGAGUACAUGUUACGAGGAACGAUGGAGCUUCCCGAGCGAUUCGAGUUCGAUUUCGAUCGUCCGACUCCUGUCUACCGUGCGGGCGAGAUUGUCUCUGGGCGGCUGAUAGUUGAUGUCGCCUCUGCAUUGCCUCUGCGAACACUUCACGUCGUCAUGCGGGGAGAAUCCUACGUUGAAUGGGAAGAAGAUGAUACAGAAUCAGGCAAAACAGAGGCACGGAUUAUAAAGGACAAAAGCGAAAUAAUAAACUUGAAAAGAAUCAUCAUGGGUAGAACAGGUGCUGAUAUCGUAGCAAACGAGAUCACGGAAGGCAAGCACGAAUUUCCAUUCUCAUUCCAGCUACCCACGUGUAAACUACCGACGUCGUACGAAGGAGAAUACGGACACGUCAGGUACUGGGUUAAGGCUGUUAUGGACCGACCAUGGAUGAGUAAACCCACUACUAAACGAUGUUUCACUGUUCUCGAAACCCAUGAACACAACGUGAAUAGAUUAGCCAGAAAAUCAAGCGAAACACUAGAGACGACAGUGUGCAGCUUUCUAUGCAAAUCCGACCUAAUAUCCCUUGAAGUUAGUACGAAUAAACAGGGCUACUGUAUAGGAGAGCCGAUUAUUAUGUGCCUGGAGUGUAAAAAUUACAGCAAAAGUAAUUUUUUAGAAACGAGAGCGUCACUUAUACAAAGAGUCGCGUACCGAGCCCAUGAUGGCAACAAAUUACGCACCACCUACAAUACCUUAUCACAUAAAAGAGGCGAUGCACCACAAUCACGUGGUACAUUAAGAUGGACUAAUGAGGAAAUCGACAUUCCAUCCGUUCCCUUGACGACGAUGUCUGACUGCCUAAUUCAAGUUUCUUACUCGCUUAAGGUGACCUUGCUGGGGAAGAGAACAAAACAUGUGCCGACACUAGAGGUAAUUCUGCCAAUUACGAUAGUGGAUAAAGUGUGUCAAAGAACGAGGAAGUUUUCCAGGAAUUCACUGCAUUCCCACAGACUUUCUAUCCCAGGCACACCGGACACUAAAGAGGACAAUUAUUUGAAUAACAUUACAGAUUUAACAACAGAACAAUUCCAGCUAAGCGCUUCUGGUGAAUGUGACGUCAGAGACGGCCAAGAUGACAAAUAUAUUAUGGGGGAGUUGACCUUUACUCCCGUCUACCCCUGCGUUGUCACAGACUAAGAACUAUAUAAUGUUUCCAAAAGCCACAAUUUUUAAAAGGGC